AAGAAUUUUCCUGCCGUUUGCUGUCUCUGAAACGAAACAUCAACUCUUCUUUCCCGGAAAGUCAUCUGCAAUUGCAUAGUUCAUAUUAAAACUAACGAAUUCUAAAUUCGAAUCUCCUUAAUGCCGAAAAAAGCCCUCAUUUUUCUUUCAAUUCACUUCUCCGCCCUUUUCCUUUGCCUCAGUCAUGCCAAGUCCCAGACCUAUGAUCAGGAAAAAGAAAUCCUGCUAAGGCUAAGGCAAUACUGGCAAAAUCCACCUCCUCUUAAUCAAUGGACCCCUUCGACCUCCUUCUCUCAUUGCUCUUGGCCUGGGGUCAACUGCACAAACAGUUCCAUCACUGGACUUCAUUUUACCAACAUGAAUAUCAGCGGAAUGAUCCCUCCCUUCAUUUGUGACCUCAAGAACCUUACAGUUCUUGAUUUUUAUAACAACAGCUUCACUGGAAGGUUCCCUGUGGCUCUCCUUAGUUGUUCCAAGCUCCAGUACCUGAACCUCUCUCAAAACUACUUUGUUGGUGUCAUUCCUGAUGAUAUUGACGGCUUCUCCGGGCUCGCAUUCCUUGACCUUUCAGGCAAUAAUUUCACCGGUAACAUUCCAACAACAAUUGGGCGGUUACAGGAGUUAAAAGAGCUUAAACUUGAUCAGAAUCAGUUUAACGGUACUUUUCCUCUAGAAAUUGGCAACUUGUCCAACCUUGAAGUGCUAUCCAUGGCCUACAAUAGUUUUCUACCCUCAAGUUUGCCUUCCAAUUUCACCCAGCUGAAGCAACUCAAGUGGUUCUGGAUUUCUGAUGCAAAUCUAUUCGAGGAGAUUCCAGAAACGAUAGGAGAAAUGGUGGCACUGGAGCACUUGGAUUUAUCAAGGAAUAAAUUAACAGGGAAUAUCCCCCGCAGUUUGUUCAUGUUGAAGAAAUUGAGUGUCCUGUAUCUUUUCAAGAACGAGCUAUCUGGGGAGAUUCCUCGUGUUGUUGAAGCUUUGAACUUAGUUGAACUUGAUCUUUCGGAUAAUAAUUUGACAGGGAAAAUACCAGAUGAUUUUGGGAAACUUCAGAAUUUAUCAGUUUUGAAUUUGUUCUACAAUCAAUUAUCAGGUGAAAUCCCUAAAAGUAUUGGUCGUCUUCCAGCACUGAUUCGUUUUAGCUUGUUUAGCAACAAUUUAUCAGGUGUUCUCCCUCCAGACUUGGGCAGAUAUUCAAUGCUUAAUACAGUUGAGGUGUCAUCUAACAGGCUUACUGGCAAGCUGCCUGAAUUUCUAUGCAAUGGAGGAAAUUUAGUAGGAGUGGCAGCCUGCGAUAACAAUUUCAACGGAGAGUUGCCAGAAUCACUUGGGAAUUGUAGUAGUUUGCAGACGUUGAGGAUCUCACGUAAUGCAUUUACUGGCAAUAUUCCUGUUGGUUUAUGGACAGCAUUGAAUUUGGAAUAUCUGAUGCUAAGCGAUAAUUUGUUCACGGGCGAACUUCCUAAUGGAGUGUCAAGGAAUCUUAGAAGGCUAGAGAUCAGUAACAACAGAUUUUCUGGUAAAAUCCCCAUUGGUGCUUCUUGGAGGAAUGUCAUGUUUUUUAAUGCCAGUAAUAACUUAUUUUCUGGCACAAUCCCUCAAGAGUUAACUACUCUUCCUCUUCUCGCUAUUCUUCUGCUUGAUAGGAACCAACUCACUGGAGCCCUUCCAUCUGAUAUAGUCUCAUGGAAGUCAUUAACUAUUCUUAAUAUGAGCCAAAAUCAACUUUCGGGACAAAUCCCUGGGGAAAUUGGUUUUCUACAUAAUCUUCACCUACUGGACUUGUCAGAUAACCACUUUUCUGGCCAAAUUCCACCUGAGUUUAGCUCCUUGAAGCUUACUUUUCUUAAUCUCUCUUCCAAUCAUCUCACAGGGGAAAUUCCAAUCAGUUUAGAAAACGUUGCUUAUAACAGCAGCUUCUUGAACAAUCCUGGUCUCUGUACUAGAAAUUCAUUGCUAAGCCUUAAUCUAUGCAAUUCCAAUAGCCAAAAAUCAAGCAAAAAUUCAACCCAAUCCAUAGCUCUGAUAUCAGGUAUUCUAGCAACAGCCUUUUUGCUAGCUUUGCUACUCUCAUUCUUUGUGAUCAGAUUCUACCCAAAGAAAAAGCGCGUACUAAAUUCAACAUGGAAGCUCAUCUCAUUUCAGAAAUUGGAUUUCACAGAAUCAGACAUAUUGUCAGGUUUAACAGAAACCAACCUGAUUGGAAGCGGAGGAUCAGGAAAAGUAUACUGCGUUGCUACGCAUCGAUCAGGUCUUGUUGCUGUGAAAAGAAUUUUUAGUGACAAGAAGUUAGACCAAAAACUUGAGAAACAAUUCCAUGCAGAAGUUCAGAUAUUGGGUACGAUAAGGCAUUUGAACAUAGUGAAGCUGCUUUGCUGUAUUUGCAAUGACCAUUCAAAACUUCUCGUCUAUGAAUAUAUGGAGAGACAUAGCCUGGACCAAUGGCUGCAUGUGAAGAAGAGAUCAACAAGUGUCUCAGGUUCAGCCUGCUUGGACUGGCCUACGAGGCUACGGAUUGUACUGGCAGCAGCCCAGGGCCUGUCCUACCUGCACCAUGACUCCUCGCCCCCCAUUAUUCAUCGAGAUGUGAAAUCAAGCAACAUACUGCUAGAUUCUGCUUUCAAUGCAAAAAUUACUGAUUUUGGUUUGGCCAGGGUGUUGGUUAAGAAAGGAGAAGACACAGCAUCUGUUGUGGCUGGCUCUAUCGGCUAUAUAGCUCCCGAGUAUCAAACUGCGAGAUUGAACGAGAAAAUUGAUGUUUACAGCUUUGGGGUUGUCCUUCUUGAACUAACAACUGGGAAGGAGGCUCAUUUAGGGGAUGAAAAUAGAAGCCUAGCAGAAUGGGCAUGCAAUCACAUGGUUGAAGACAGACCUAUAGUCGAUGCUUUGGACAAGGAGAUCAUGGGAUCUUCUUGCUUGGAUGAAAUGAUCACUGUUUUCAAACUUGGGGUUAAGUGUACAAGCAAACUGCCUUUUGAUAGGCCUUCCAUGAGAGAGGUCUUACAAAUCUUAGUUCAAUGCAGUCGUCCGCUUGUUUAUGGAGUGAAGAAUACGGGUAUUGAACUCAAGCAAGGACGUGCGUCAGACAGUGAUGAUAAUGUCUGAGCUCUCUCUGUUGGCACACAUGCAGUAUUAUUGAGAUUUAGCUCAAUGAUGCUAGAGUCGUCCCCAAAGCUAUGAUAUCUCAAGUUCAAGUUCCAAUGGCAUCCAAUUGUAAAAAAGAAAGCCCCAAUUUGAAGUUUUCGGCAGCAAUAGGUUAUAGAAUAUUUUUAGGCAACCAAAUAUUAGCUAGAGCGUCAGAUAACCGGUAAACUUUAAGAAAAUAAGCAGAUCUUGCACAACUGUGUGCAACUCAGCAGCCUUCGUGCACUUGUACUUUCUGAGACUUCCACAAUCCAAGCAAGCAUAGAUGGCAUUGUAAAGAGUUCAUUACACUAUAUUUUGCACUUAUCUACUUUCUCUCAUAA